CCACUCUCUCCGCAAUCUCAACCCUCCACUCCACUCCACUCCACUCUGCCGCUCUCGCUCUCGCUCACUCCCCAACCCGCCGCUGGCAAUGGCGUCCCUCCGCGCCUCCCUCCUGCUCGCGGCCGUGCUGUGCGCGCUCGCGGCGUCGUCCGCCACCGCGUCCCGCGGCCUCCACUUGCACCCUACCCAGUUCGUCGUGCGCGGCCGCGUCUGGUGCGACACCUGCCGCGCCGGAUUCGAGACCCCGGCGUCCACCUUCAUCGCUGGAGCGAAGGUUAGAGUUGAGUGCAAGUCGAGAUCUACUGGGGCCCAGACAUGCAGCUUCGAGGGUCACACUGACCACACUGGUACCUACAACAUCCCCGUGGACGACGAGCACGAGCAUGAGCUCUGCGAGUCUGUCCUCGUUAGCAGCCCUGACACGGCCUGUGCCAAGGCAGUUGCCGGGCGGGAGAGGGCCCCUGUCUUCCUCAACAACAACAAUGGCGUCGCGUCCAACGUCCGGUUGGCUAAUGCUCUGGGGUUUGAGAAGGACACCCCUCUGGCUGCAUGCGCGCAGAUCCUCAAGAUGUACGAGGAGGUCGACGACCGCGUCUGAGCACUCCGAAUUCGCUAUCACAAAACAGGUUAAUGUAUCACUAGCUGUUGUGUGAAAUGUUGUGAAACAUCUAUCUAUAUGUAGUAUUACCAACCAAGACAAGAAGUAUCGCUGCUUGAGUAUGUAUGUUGAUCGGUGGUUCAGGUUGAACCACGGAACUUGGGAGCUAGUAAAUCAGACAUGUUGGUUCAUCUUAGCAGGCUAAUGUGAGAUUGUUGUUUGUCUAA